AUGGGGACUCGCGCCAAGUGCCUGGUGCUCCCGGGCAUGUCUCUGGGGACUGUCUGCGUCCUGCUCUCCUUUCCCUUCAUCUUCAACCCCUGCCUGGGCUGCACAGAGGCCACGCCCCAGUGGGCCGCCCUCGUCUACUUCAUCCCCUUCAUAGUCAUCUUCCAGUUCGGCUGGGCGGCCACCCAGAUCUCCCACCUGUCGCUCAUCCCCGAGCUGGUGACCAGCGACCACGAGAAAGUGGAGCUCACAGCGUUCAGGUACGCCUUCACCGUGGCGGCCAACAUCACCGUGUACGGCGUGGCCUGGCUGCUCCUGCACUUCCAGGUCCGGCACUCGGAGCCCACCGACCACCUGGGCAAGCACGACAUCCCCGUCUUCCGGGUGAGCACAGCGGGGCCAGGCCGGGCAGCACAGCUGGGAUGGGGGCUGGGGUGGAGAGGGCGGCGCCACCCCCUGGCCAGGCUGCCCGAGCCCGAGGAGCACACGCCGCUGCUGCCGGGGGCGCAGAAGAGCCCCCCGCGCCCACUGCUGCUGUGGAAAGACAGGCUGCAGGAGCCCGCCUUCUACCAGGUGGCGAUGCUGUACAUGGCCACGCGGCUGAUUGUCAACCUGUCGCAGACCUACAUCGCCAUGUACCUCACCAACUCGCUGCUGCUGCCCAAGAAAUUCAUCGCCACCAUCCCCCUGGUGAUGUACAUCAGCGGCUUCCUCUCCUCCUUCCUCAUGAAGCCCGUCAACAAGUGGAUCGGCCGAAAUCUGACUUACUUCGUGGGGUUAGUCAUUGUCCUGGUCUUCGCCGGCUGGGUGGCCCUGGACAGCCAGAUCGGAGCCGAGGUUUACGGAGCUGCCGUGCUGCUCGGGGCUGGCUCGGCCACCAUCUUGGUCACAUCUCUCUCCAUGACGGCCGACCUCAUUGGGACCAACACGCACAGCGGAGCCUUCGUCUACGGAGCCAUGAGCUUCACGGACAAAGUGGCCAACGGGUUGGCGGUGAUGGCCAUCCAGAACCUGCACCCCUGCCCGACCCAGCUCUGCUGCGCCGGCUGCGUUGAGUUCUACCACUGGGUGAUGGUGGUCGUCACCGGGGGCGUCGCUGUGGGCGCCACCAUCUGCCUGUGCUGCAUUAUGAUCUGGCCAGUCCGGGUCCGAUUCCAUGACGUUUCGGUGCUACCGCUGGCGGGGGCCACGCCGGGCGAGGCUGGGAGCACAGAGGAAAGGCGUCAAAGCAGCACGGUCAACUAAGCCAGGCCUUGGCGCUUGGAACCAGGACUGUACCGCUUGCACUUUGCACCUGGGAUGCUCUGAAGGAAGGAACCCGACGUCAGGACCCGGGGCAGGGCCUGUGCUGAGGUUGUGCAGCAGGUCGCGCCUGCUCCGUGGCAUCUCCUUCCCGCCACUUUGCACGGACUUUCCUUCCCCCACCACUGUGGAACAUCCCCCCCAGCUGACAGUGGGGGAAUCCCUGCGUCUCUGCACAUGGGCAGUGACACAGAUUGAAUCCACCCCAUGCACUGUGGGAAGGGGGCACUAAGGUAAACCCGUGCGUUUUAACACUUGGUUGGCGAUCAGGGUCUGAGAACACUUUUUUAACGAGAACAAGUCUGAAUAAAGAGACAGUGUUGGAACAACA